CCGAGGGAUCUCGGAUCAGCGGCUGGGCGUCCAGCGGAGGCUGAACCAGGAGGAGGCGCCGCCGCGGGGAAGGGAGCUCGGCCCGCCCGAUGGCCUCGACCAGGCCGGGAGCAGCGCCGGGCCCUCCUGCCGCAGAGACCGAGGAGGGGCCGGCGCCGGCGCCGCCGGACUCCGGGGAGGCGGAGGGCUUCCCCCGCUGGGGCUGCCGGGCGUCGUCGGAGCCCCGGCCGGUCUUCUGCAGCCGCCUGCAGCAGCCGCUGCUUUGCCCCGGCUGGCUGAAGCCCGAGCCGAGCGGCCAAGCCGGGCUGGCGGACCGGGGGAUCCUGGAGCGGCUCCUGGCCGCGCUGCCCCCGGAGAUGGCGGGCUGGCUGCGGGGGUGCCGGGCGGAGAGCGGCGCCCAGGCGGGGACCCCGGCCGAGGGAUUCCUGCUCGGCCGGGCCCGGGAAGAGCGGAGGCGGCGGCAGUUGCAGGGCCAGUUGAUGAAGAUGGCCACGGUACCUUGUGAAAGCAGAGAAGAUCUCUGUGGUCUCGCUAUGAAGCAGCAGUUAAGCUUCUCACAAGAGGAUCCAACUCUGGUCUUGUUGACAGGACAGCCCAAGUUGUCGAUGGAAACGGCUGAAACAUCUCUGUCUGGUGGAGCCGCAACAGCUCAGGGCUUAGUAACCUUUGAGGAGGUGGCUGUGUAUUUCACGGAGGACGAGUGGGCGCUGCUGAAUCCCAGCCAGAGAGCUUUAUACGGGGAAGUCAUGCUGGAGAAUUCUAGAAAUGUGGCCGAUCUUGCUUAUGGGCAGGAGCCCGAGUAUAAUAAGGAGCCGAGCCUAACGCUAUUUCAAGUGCUCCAGUCUGAAAAAGGAAUACUUGGAAAUCGGGGGGCACCUCAAAAGAGUACGAAAAGCUGCCUAAAGAAUGGAAGGAAGAAGUCUUCUAGUCACAAUGAAGUCCUUGGCCUCCCAACCCUGCAACUUCAGCAAAGGAAAGAAGUUGGAAAACAUUUCAGAUAUGGCAAAAUAGACAAAGCAACAUCUCUUUUCGGUAAAUAUUAUCCGAACCAAACUGAAGAGGAACAAUGUGAACAUCAAGAGCAUGGGCAAAAUAUCAGUCUUAACUCCUCUCUUGUUUUACAUCACCCAUCAUACAUCCCAGAGACACCAUAUGGAAUUUUAAAUUGUGGGGAAAAAUUCACUUUGAAUAGUCAUCUAAUGUCACAUAAAGACGAGAAUCUAUAUGCGUGUGGAAAGGGUUUCAGCCAGAAACAGUUGCUUAUUUUACCCCCAGAAAAUGUCCCAAUGGAGAAACGGUAUAAAUGUCUGGAGUGUGGAAAGACCUUCACUCACAAAUGUAAACUUACUGUCCAUGAACGGACCCACACGGGGGAGAAACCAUAUAUAUGCCUGGUGUGUGGAAAAAAAUUCAGUCAGACGGGUCACCUUACCAGACAUCAACGAACCCACACUGGGGAGAAACCAUAUUCGUGCCUGCAGUGUGGAAGGAAGUAUAGUGGAAGUUCCAGCCUUAUCAAGCAUGUAAGGAGCCACACGGGGGAGAAACCAUACAAAUGUUCAGAGUGUGAUAAGAGCUUCAAUCAGAGCAGUCAUUUUAUUCGCCACAAAAUGAUCCACACAGGAGAGAAACCAUACAAGUGCCUGGAAUGCGGAAAGAGCUUCGGGCGUAAUUUUAGCCUUAUGCAACACAAAAGAACUCACACAGGGGAGAAACCGUAUCAGUGCUUGGUGUGUGGAAAGAGUUUCAGUGGCUCCUCGGAUCUUAUGUACCAUAAGAGGAUUCACACAGGGGAGAGACCGUAUAAGUGCCUGGAGUGCGGAAAGCGAUUCAGUAGGCGAAGUCGCCUUACAGCUCACAAAAGAAAGCACACAGGACAGAAACCGUAUAUAUGCCUGGUGUGCGGAAGGAGAUUCAGUCAGAGCGGCCACCUUACAAGUCAUAAAAGAACUCACACUGGGGAGAAACCAUAUACCUGCCUGAAAUGUGGAAGGAAGUUUGGUAGAAGAUCUAGCCUUGUGAUACAUGUAAGAAUCCACACGGGGGAGAACCCAUACAAGUGUAUCGAGUGUGGAAAGGGCUUCCGUCAGAGAACGACCUAUAUUUACCAUCGAAGGAUCCACACAGGAGAAAAACCAUACAAAUGCCUGGAAUGUGGGAAGAACUUUAGACGAAACUGCCACCUUAAGAAACAUAAAAAAAUGCACACUGUGAAGAAAGCAUAUCAGUGUUAGAACUCUGAAAAGAACUUCAGCUUACACUCAGAUAUGACUUAUCGUAGACAUAUUCAUACAGGGGAGAAACCAGAUGAGUGGAAUGUGGAAAGAGCUUCAAUUGCAGCAGUUAUUUUAUUUGCCAUAAAAGGAUUCACAUGGGAGAAACCAUCCUAAUGCUCAGAGUGCGGAAAGAACUUCAGUCAGAAAAAUCACCUUUCCCAACAAGAGAAAAAAACGUAGCUUGGGAGCUUUCAUCUUGUUUUCUUCCCAUAAAGAGACUCAUAUCUGAAAUACAGAAAUAAUAAUGAUGAUUGGAGUGACAUUCAGUUUGAAAUGUCAUCUCGUCAGACCUAAAUGAAUCCAUAGGGGAGAACCAUAAAAAUGCCUGAAGUGUGGAAAUGGAUUAAAACGUGGCACUGCCCUUGUUUCCCAUAGGAAGUCCUAUGAGUGUAAAUGAACUUUCGGUACCAGUACUGGCCCUCCCCCAAGAAAAUAUAUACAUAUCUGAGUUUGGUUAAGUUUUAUGAAUGCUAAACCUGCGGACUGAAGAGCUGAUCCAUACAGGAGAGACAAUACAUCAAGGAAUGAAGUAAAACCACUAUUUUAAGAAGAUGUGUCUUCUUAAAUUACCAGAAAAUUUCCACUUAGGAGAGAAACUGUAUAAAAGAGUGGAACAUGGAAAGAGUUGGUGUUUUGUUUUUUGUUUUUUGGCUUAAGCCUUCAUCAAUGAAUUAUGAGCCCCUCUCCACAUUGUUAGACUAAUCUUGACUAUUUUUCCUGAUGUAAUCUGGGACUGCUGUAUCAGAGGCUGACGAGGAUUAUAUGGUUGGUUAAGGUUAAAGUCUCAUGAAAACAGACUGAGGCUGAUGGGACUAUUUAACCCUGUAAAAAAAAAAAAACCCAACCAAGAAGGAUUUAAUAUCCCUAUGGAAGCAUUUGAUGUGGUGUCCCAUAGAAGAAAGCAAAAGUUUGUCCUGCAGUGCAGAAUAAACACAACAGAAUCAGAUUUAAUGUUACAAAAAUAUUAUGAUAGCGAUGAAACUCUCAAACGCUCAGUAACUACCUCUGCCAACACCCCUCCCUUAAUAAAAACAGGAAAACACUUCCUCCUCUCCACAAAUCCCCAUUUUUAUGCAACUUUGUAAAGAUUUACUAUAGUGCUUGUCCUUUAAUUUCACAAUAAAAUAUUUGAGGUUUUAUUUUCGUUU